CCGGCCAUAGCUCCAUAAAUACCCAGCUCCCAUCCCAACCUUACUUAUUGUGUUUCAUUCCAAAGGUGGUUUCUCUGUUGCUCAAUUCAAACAAAUCUUCACACCCCUUUUCUGAAACUCUCUACACACCCCUUGUGGCGCCAAAAAUACACACAAAUUUUAGGCUAUUCAUUUAUUUUCCCCAAAUUUCAAACUGCUUAAUAUCUUUCUCUCUUGUCCAUUUGUUGUCCAUCUUCUCUCUCUCUCCUCUCUGAAAGAAAGGAGAGAAGAGAGGCUCGGUGGCUGGUCGCUGCGCGCGUCUAUUUCUUUGCUUUAAAUUCAAACAUACUACUGUAUAUUGCAAUACUUUUUCUUGUUUGAUGAAUUAACCUCUAUUGGAAGAUGAGGAUUGCCAUGUCGACUGCAUGUAAACAGGCUCACUCCUUACUAAAUUUUCCGGGCAGCGGAAUCAGUAUGGAAUCCUUCAACGUUCGUCGCCCCAAAAACACCGUCGUGUUCGUGAUGGGAGCCACAGGCACCGGGAAAUCCAAACUCUCAAUCGACCUGGCCACCCACUUCCGCGCAGAGAUUAUCAAUUCCGAUAAAAUGCAAGUAUACGAGGGACUGGAUAUUGCCACCAACAAAGUCACUGAAGAGGAGAUGUGCGGCAUCCCUCACCACCUGCUUGGAGUGGUGCACCCUGACGCCGACUUCACCGCCGAGGACUUCCGUCGUGCUGCUUCUCUCGCCGUUGAAUCUAUCGUCAGUCGUGACAAGCUUCCCAUUAUCGUGGGCGGCUCCAACUCAUACAUAGAAGCACUGGUGGAAGGCGGAGGUCGCGAGUUCGGUUCCAAGUAUGAUUGUUUGUUCCUUUGGGUGAAUGUGUCCUUGCCUGUGCUCGACAAGUUCGUAUCAGACCGAGUGGACGGCAUGGUUGAGGCGGGUCUGGUGGACGAGAUCAGGAAGGUCUUUAAACCGGAGGCCGACUAUUCACGGGGAAUCAGGAAGGCAAUCGGGGUACCGGAGUUUGACGGAUUUCUGCGAGCGGAAGCGGCAGCAACAGCAGACGAAGAAACCAUGGCGGGACUUCUGGGAGCGGCGACCGACGAUGUCAAGGUGAAUACUUGCAAAUUAGUCCGCUGCCAGUUGGAGAAGAUACUCCGGCUUAGGGACGUAAGGAAGUGGAAUCUCCAUUAUCUGGACGCCACCCAAGUGUUCGAGAGGCAGGGAAAAGAAGCGGGGGAGGCCUGGGAGAAGCUUAUUACAGGGCCAGCGAAGGAAUACGUCAGGAAAUUCCGUUACAGGGGCAUCGAAGAUCGUGCAGUAGCCACCGCCGCAGCCCCAACCAUCAAGACACCAGUCAUGAGCUCGGCGGUAGCUGCUGCAACUCGCUAACUGCUGUUACCCCACCCGAUCGCUCCGCUCCGUGGCAAAUGCCACGUAGCACAGAAUCUUCUUUAAACUUUAAACUCUCUUUCUUCCUCCUUCUUCUCUCUCCCCCUCAUACAGUCACCAUCAUCAUACCAAUUUCGACGAGGUUUCGUUAUUUAUGCGGCCGUACUGUGAUGAAAGCGUAAUUUCCGCCGCGGUGUGCAGAGUGCUAGACCAACGGCUUCAUGCGUUCCGAGUCUUUUGUGGAUAUCGUGGCCUAUCAGAUUUUAUAUAGUAAAAGAUGAGAGGAAUUGGUGCUGAAUUUAGGCCCGACCGUCGGCGUAUCUUUUUCAAGUCUGUUCUUUUAUCUUUCCUUCCUUUUAUAUAAUUACCGUUAAUGCCCAGAUAAUUUAUACUUUCCAUAUAAAUUCGCUGUAAUUUUUUUUUUCUGCUAUUAGUUGGUUGGUUAUCCGCAUGCAUCGAGUCAAAGCUAUAGUCUAAUGUUGUAUGCUUGACAGACAUGCCAGCAAACAAAGCCGGAUGACUGCUGCUUAAUUGAAAUUUGAAUUUAGUGCCCA